AUGACCACAUGCUGGUGUCCAGCAGGUCAGUUGGCUGUUGCUGAUGAGCUCACAGGGGUGGUGCAGUGCGCUGCGUCCCCAUGCGGCCCCUCCACAUGCCGGAAUGGAGGCACUUGUCUGGCUCACUCCACCAAAAGUUACCAGUGCCGCUGCCCGGAGGGCUUCAGGGGCCAGUGGUGUGAGCUGGGGCAGACCAAAGCCCUGCGCCUCACUGCGCUCAGCCCCAGCUCCAUCCUCGCCAUCAGCAUGUGCCUGCUUGUCUUCUUCGCCGUGCUGGUGGCAGUGACCGUGUGGAACCAGAAGGGCAGUCGGAAUAAGUUCCGGAAGCGCGGAGUGUAUCACAUCCCGGCGGAGCACGAGAGCUGGGAGGACAUCCGGGAGAACAUCCUCAACUACAACGAGGAGGGCGGCGGAGAGCAGGACCAGAAUGCGUAUGACAUCACGGAGCUGAAGAGGCCACUGUGCUCCAGCCUGUCUCAGUCUUCGUCCUGCACUACGGCUCCUCUCAUCAAGUCCUCUCAAGGCUCUCAGGAGGAGGUGCACCCGGGUGGGCCACUGACCUACCACCACAACCCGGGCUGCAGCACACACUGCGCCAUGGACUUCAAGAACUAUGUGGCGCGGAUCAUCUGGGAGGCGGACAACGAUAGCCUGGCCUUCCCCAUGGACACCUACCAUGUGUACUGCAUAGAGGGCGAGGGGUCCAGCGCAGGCAGCCUCAGCUCUCUCAGCUCCGCCAUCCCUGAGGAUGACUUCAGUUAUGACUACCUGCGUCACUGGGGGCCCAAGUUCGAGGGCCUGAGUGAGCUGUACCGUAGGCCGGAGCUGGCCCUCACUUACAGGGAUGCUGUCCAGAGCCAGAACCACAGCCAGAGCAAAAGCCUCGAGCAACUGCAGUAAUGCCGCUUUCACAAAGAUAUUUUGGUAUCCUUCAAAAAACUAAUUGGUAUGCGUUAGUGGUUUGUUGUGGGCAGAGAUCGGCAUGAGCGGGCAAGUCAUUCAAAUAUGAAUGCUUGUAAAGAAAAACUGCUAGUGGUUGCUGGUCCUCACAGAAGUAAGUGAAACAUGCAUAGCUCCUCUGGCCUGAGGCAUGAGCUUUUCUUAUAGAUCAGGGGUGCCUAAACCUAGUCCUGGAGAUCUGCCCCCUGAAGAGUUUAGGUCCAACACACAGUACUGUGCAAAAGUCAGAGGCCACUCUUCCUUUACUUCAUUUCCUGUCACAGUUGGAUUGUGAGAAGCAGAAAAUGCAACCAACUUCUAAGACUGAACUUUGGAAGUGUGGAAAAAUGUCCCUGCAGAUUUCUUUGAAAAAA